UCGCCAAUCUCCUCAUUUCUUUUUCUAGGGUUUCGUUUUGCAGAGAAGCAGCAGCGGCAGCGAUGGGAAGGAGGCCUGCAAGGUGUUAUCGUCAGAUUAAGAACAAACCAUACCCAAAGUCACGGUAUUGCCGUGGUGUUCCUGAUCCCAAGAUCAGGAUUUAUGACGUGGGAAUGAAGAAAAAGGGAGUUGAUGAGUUCCCUUUUUGUGUGCACUUGGUUAGUUGGGAGAAGGAAAAUGUUUCAAGUGAGGCUUUGGAAGCUGCUAGAAUUGCUUGCAACAAGUACAUGACCAAGUAUGCUGGGAAAGAUGCCUUCCAUCUGAGAGUCAGGGUGCACCCAUUCCAUGUCUUGCGUAUCAACAAGAUGCUUUCCUGUGCUGGAGCCGAUAGGCUUCAAACUGGAAUGAGGGGUGCUUUUGGUAAGCCUCAAGGGACAUGUGCUAGGGUGAGCAUUGGACAGGUUCUUCUGUCUGUUCGAUGCAAGGAUGGAAACAGCCAUCAUGCACAGGAGGCUCUCCGUCGUGCAAAAUUCAAGUUCCCUGGCCGUCAAAAGAUCAUUGUCAGCAGGAAGUGGGGUUUCACAAAGUUCAACAGAACUGAUUACAUCAAGUGGAAGUCUCAGAACCGGAUUCUCCCCGAUGGUGUCAAUGCCAAGCUUCUCGGAUGCCAUGGACCUCUAGCAAAUCGUCAGCCUGGAAAAGCAUUUAUAAAUGCAUGCACCUAGGCCUUGCUUGAAAAUACCAGAAUUAUGUGUUAAACAUUUUGGUCAACUUCCUUAGCACUUCAGCAUUUAUGAAGAACCUAGUAUCUAGCUUCCUUUCUUUCCUAGUGCAUCAUUUGGGAUUAUUAUUAUGUGAUGUUGAGUUGAUUUAUUUUGUGCUUUUGAAAUUUAGAACAUAUUUGUCGAUCUAUGUGUUGGGCUUCCAGCUGAGGUGUUUUUGCCUUAACAAAUCGCAAUGGAUUUUAUCUUUUAUAACAUAUUUUGUUCUGAUUUUUAA